AUGGAGAAUAUGGAUGUCCUCGAAUCACAUUCCCGAUCGAGGCAGUUUCCCUUUGUGCCCAAGGUGAGGCAAUCUCAUCCCGUUUUGUUCGAAGAAGAUAACCACAAACCCUCCAAACCGAACGAGCCCCACGAGUUGAAUCUGCUCGUGCCUCGUCAAGCAUGGAAAGGCAAGAAAUGCCUACAGGAAGAAGACAAAGAGGAAGAGCUUAUGCCCGGCAUCCUUUCCUUCAAAAUAAGCCAAGAUUCGUUCGAGGAAAUCGGCUCGACCUCGUUCCAUGGCGUGAGUCACCCACCCGAACCCACAGACACCGCCUUUCUAAAUCCGGUCUGUGUCCCAAUCGGGCACAAAAACGGGGACCCCAAUUGCUCGAUCAAAGCCAUUCCCAAAAGGGACUCAUCUUUCUCGGUCCCGAGUAAAAAUCAAAGCAUGCUAACACUUUUGCCUUCUGCGUGCCCACCCGACGAUCCCAAGGGCUCGACAGCUGUCUCGUCCCCAUUCGCCGAGGAAAAGGAGUGUGUAUGGGAUUCGUCUCUACCCCCGAGCGGCAAUGUGAGUCCGCUCAGCAGCAUCGACAGUGUCGGCAUGGCCCGGACCAUGAGCAUUGUCAAUAGCUGUGCCAGCACGUACAAAAGUGACGGGAUAAUGAGUGAAGGCAUGCUUAGUGUCGACAAAAACUCGGAGAGCACGAAAGGGAGUAGUUUCCCUGGCGGCGACUAUCUCGAGAGCAGCACAAAAACGAGCCUGAGCCGGGCGAGUGACAGCAGCGGGAUUAGUGACGAAAGCAACUGGAGUAAAAUGACGGGGAGCGCGAACAAGCCUCAUAAAGGAAAUGAUCCUAGGUGGAAUGCAAUACUCGCUGUGCGGGUCAGGGAUGGGAUUCUAGGCAUGAGCCAUUUCAAGCUGCUGAGGAGGCUCGGGUGUGGGGACAUUGGGAGCGUUUACUUGUCCGAGCUGAGCGCGACCCGGUGCUUUUUUGCUAUGAAGGUGAUGGAUAAGGCUUCGCUUGCUAGCAGAAACAAGCUGAAUCGGGCCCAGACGGAGAGGGAGAUCCUACAGCUGCUGGAUCACCCAUUCUUGCCGACUCUGUACACGCACUUCGAGACAGACAGGUUCACGUGCCUAGUCAUGGAAUACUGUCCUGGUGGGGACCUACAUACGCUGAGGCAGAGGCAGCCCGGGAAGCAUUUUUCAGAAUAUGCCACACGGUUUUACGCGGCCGAAGUCCUGCUGGCAUUGGAAUAUCUCCACAUGCUGGGAGUCGUGUACCGUGACCUGAAACCUGAAAACGUACUUGUUCGAGACGAUGGCCACAUAAUGCUCUCGGAUUUCGACCUCUCCCUCAGGUGCACCGUCUCACCCACCCUCCUCCGAAACUCCGUCUUCAAUCCAGAGCGUGGGCCCGCCUUCUGCGUGCAGCCCGCUUGCAUCGAGCCCACAUCCUCCUGCAUCAUUCAACCCUCGUGCUUCCUGCCUCGAAUCUUCCCCUCGAAAGGAAAGAAGAAGCCCGGAAAGUCGAGGCAUGACAGCCAGGGGCCCCGACCGGGAAGCCUCCCGGAGCUCGUGGCCGAGCCAAACGCCAGGUCCAUGUCGUUUGUCGGGACCCACGAGUACUUGGCUCCGGAGAUCAUCAAGGGUGAAGGCCACGGCAGCGCGGUCGACUGGUGGACGUUUGGGAUCUUCCUCUACGAACUGUUGUACGGGAAAACCCCGUUUAAGGGCUCGGAAAACCGGAAAACGCUUUUCAACGUGAUCGGGGAGCAGCUCAAGUUUCCCGAUUCGCCCUCGACGAGCUACGCGAGCAGGGAUCUCAUCCGCGGGCUGCUCGUGAAAGAGCCACAGAACAGGCUCGGGAUGAGAAGGGGAGCGACCGAGAUAAAACAGCACGCGUUUUUCGAGGGAGUGAAUUGGGCUCUGAUCAGGUGCAGCACGCCGCCCGAGGUGCCGAGGCCGCCGGUCGAGGCGGAGUUUUCGGGGAAGUUGGGGAAGGUGGAGUUGGGUGGUGGUGUGAGCAAAAGGGUGGUUGGAGCAGAUGUGAAGGGUGGUGGAGGGUCUGGGGCUAAGUUUCUGGAUUUUGAGUUCUUUUAG